AUGGUCAAAACCCAAACGCCUCCUGUCCCGGCGGAUAAGAAGGAAGCGCCUGCUGCUGCAACAGACAAACCACCGGCGGCUGAGAAACCGGCGGAUGACAAAAAGGAAAAGGGAGGAGAGGAGGAAAAGAAGUCGAGUGCGCCGCCGCCGCCGCCGCCUGUUGCUGCUGAAGAUCAAGGAGGAGAUAACUAUGAGACGUUGAAUGAACUUGAGAACCCUAAAUAA